CUCUCAAAGUGGAUUAUUCCAACUACCCCGGGGGUGGCCCAGGGGUAUUCUCCCCGAGCCGCAGAUCCUCGGUGAAGACAGCGAAGCUAGAUGAAGAUGACCAGGAGUCCAUUUCCUCCGAGCAGCCCCCCAGCUGCUUCGGCUUUGUCGCCUACUCCAUGAACAACCCAGGAGAGAAAUCGCGAGUUACGAUGAAGACCACGAGCCACCAGCAUGCGUAUUCCGGCGCGUCCUGAGCAACUUCCACCAUGUCCACCUCAGCGAGUUCCCACUUGAACAAAGGCAUCAAGCAGAUGUACAUGUCCCUGCCUCAGGGUGAUAAAGUCCAAGCUAUGUACAUCUGGAUUGACGGUACUGGAGAAGGACUGCGAUGCAAGACCCGGACCCUGGACAGUGAGCCCAAGAGUAUAGAAGAGUUGCCCGAGUGGAAUUUUGAUGGCUCUAGUACUAUGCAGUCUGAAGGCUCCAACAGUGACAUGUAUCUUGUUCCUGCUACCAUGUUUCGGGACCCUUUCCGCAAGGACCCCAACAAGCUGGUGUUCUGUGAAGUCUUAAAAUACAACCGCAAACCUGCAGAGACCAAUUUAAGAUAUACCUGCAAACGGAUAAUGGACAUGGUGAGCAAUCAGCAUCCCUGGUUUGGAAUGGAGCAGGAAUAUACUCUCAUGGGCACAGAUGGGCACCCUUUUGGCUGGCCUUCCAAUGGCUUCCCUGGACCCCAAGGUCCAUACUACUGCGGCGUGGGAGCAGACAGAGCCUACGGCAGGGAUAUUGUGGAGGCUCACUACCGGGCCUGCUUGUACGCUGGCAUCAAGAUCGCAGGGACAAAUGCCGAGGUCAUGCCCGCCCAGUGGGAAUUCCAAAUAGGACCCUGUGAAGGCAUCGACAUGGGAGAUCAUCUCUGGGUGGCCCGUUUCAUCUUGCACCGAGUGUGUGAAGACUUCGGAGUGAUCGCUACCUUUGAUCCCAAGCCCAUCCCUGGCAACUGGAAUGGUGCAGGCUGCCACACCAACUUCAGCACCAAGGCCAUGCGAGAGGAGAACGGUCUGAAGUACAUCGAGGAGUCCAUCGAGAGGCUGAGCAAGCGGCAUCAGUACCACAUCCGAGCCUACGACCCCAAGGGGGGCCGGGACAAUGCCCGGCGCCUCACCGGAUUCAACGAAACCUCCAACAUCAACGACUUCUCCGCCGGCGUGGCCAACCGUAGCGCCAGCAUCCGCAUUCCCCGGUCUGUGGGCCAGGAGAAGAAGGGGUACUUUGAAGACCGGCGCCCCUCUGCCAACUGCGACCCUUUUGCAGUGACAGAAGCCCUCAUCCGCACGUGUCUUCUCAACGAAACUGGCGAUGAGCCCUUCCAGUACAAAAACUAAAUGGACUAGACUUGCAGCCAUCCAGCUCCUUCUAAUCACUUCUUCAUCCCGCUCCCACUCUCGCCCCUCAAUUGUCAUAACAAAUGUAACUCAGAAGGGCAGAAUAUCAAGGUCUUUUUUUAUUCCUCCUGCCCAGUUAAUAUCUCUUGCUUUCUUUGGCCAGGUUAGCGGGGUCAAGUUCUUAGUCUCUUCACACACACACACCCCCUUUUUUUCCCCUAUCACAAGCUUUCUAGUGUGUUAGUGGGGCGGGGGCGGGGAAACAUAACCACUGCUUCACUUAAUCAGGUGUUUGUCCAACAGGCGUAGCUCUCUGGACAGUGAGCAUAGUAUUUGUGAAGGGAGGGGAAGGGCCUUUUUCUUCUUUGAGGUAGCUGAAGGGGGUAGGAGUGCUGGGCUUGUUCUGUGACUAGGUUAGAAACUCCCUUUGGUUGGGAAGUCCCAUAAAAGGUUAUAAGCAGCUUUCUAAUGAAAGUGAGAAUUAGGAAAGAUGGCGGGUGGGGCAGCAGGCAGGAAGCCCUCUUACCUGCCAACUGUGACCCCUUCACAGUGACCUGCUUUCCUGGCUUGCAAAAAGGGAUGGGAUGGGUAGCCCUACCUUCGAAGAAAAAGUUCUCGUUGCUUGGUCCUCCGUUUAUAACACAAAUCAGAGUAGUAUUUUUAUAUUU